UAUUUGAUUCUGAAACUUGAAAGACCUGCCAUAGUCCAGAGUAUCACUUUUGGCAAAUAUGAAAAAACACAUGUCUGCAAUUUAAAGAAGUUUAAAGUCUUCGGUGGGAUGAAUGAGGAAAACAUGACAGAUCUCUUAUCCAGUGGCUUAAAGAAUGAUUAUAACAAAGAAACAUUCACCUUGAAGCAUAAAAUUGAUGAGCAGAUGUUCCCCUGUCGAUUCAUUAAGAUAGUUCCACUGUUAUCCUGGGGACCUAGCUUCAAUUUUAGUAUCUGGUAUGUUGAACUUAAUGGCAUUGAUGAUCCAGAUGUGGUCCAACCGUGCCUCAACUGGUACAGCAAGUACCGUGAACAGGAAGCCAUUCGCCUUUGCCUAAAGCAUUUUCGUCAGCACAACUACACUGAAGCUUUUGAGUCGCUGCAGAAGAAAACCAGGAUUGCUCUGGAGCACCCUAUGUUGACAGACCUGCAUGACAAACUAGUGUUGAAGGGAGACUUUGAUGCUUGUGAAGAACUGAUAGAAAAAGCUGUGAAUGAUGGUUUAUUCAAUCAGUAUAUCAGUCAACAAGAAUACAAACCUCGCUGGGGACAGAUUAUCCCCAAAAGCUCCAAAGGUGAUGGGGAAGACAGCCGACCAGGGAUGAGAGGAGGCCAUCAGAUGGUUAUAGAUGUUCAAACAGAAACUGUUUAUUUGUUUGGUGGCUGGGAUGGAACUCAAGACCUGGCUGACUUCUGGGCAUACAGUGUGAAGGAGAACCAGUGGACUUGUAUAUCCAGAGAUACCGAGAAAGAGAGUGGUCCCAGUGCCAGAUCUUGUCACAAGAUGUGCAUUGAUAUUCAACGAAGACAGAUCUACACGCUGGGUCGCUACCUGGAUUCCUCUGUGAGGAACAGCAAAUCUCUGAAAAGUGACUUCUAUCGCUAUGACAUUGACACAAAUACAUGGAUGCUACUGAGUGAAGACACUGCAGCUGAUGGGGGUCCAAAGUUGGUGUUCGAUCAUCAGAUGUGUAUGGAUUCUGAAAAACACAUGAUAUAUACCUUUGGAGGCAGAAUUUUGACCUGUAAUGGCAGUGUUGAUGACAGCAGAGCCAGCGAACCACAGUUCAGCGGAUUGUUUGCUUUUGACUGCCAAUGUCAGACAUGGAAACUUCUGAGAGAGGAUUCCUGUAAUGCUGGACCUGAGGAUAUCCAAUCCCGAAUAGGACACUGUAUGUUGUUCCAUUCUAAAAAUCGCUGCUUAUACGUAUUUGGUGGCCAGAGAUCAAAAACUUACUUGAAUGAUUUCUUCAGCUACGAUGUAGACAGCGACCAUGUGGAUAUCAUAUCAGAUGGUACUAAGAAAGAUUCAGGGAUGGGUAAGAGUAUGACUACAAAGUAAUGUCUUCACAUUGGUUCUGAAUGAGAAAGAUAUGGCUAGGUAGGUGAAUGGCCAACUGCAGAGUCCUAUGGUAUCAGGUUAGCAUCCUUAACCAGCCCUGUGUACCCAAGUGAACUCCACAGUAUAUAGGUUAAACUUACGCCAGCUCUUUUGUCCUUCUUGUCAUUCAAUAUCUGUCUUUUAGUGCAAUACAAAUAAUUGAUGCAUGAAACCAUAUGCCUAUCAAAAAAAAAAAAAAAACCAACACCAAAACAAA